UGGCUGUGAACUUCUCUCAGGAGGAGUGGGAAUACCUGGACUUUGUUCAGAGGGCUCUGUACAUUAAUGUGAUGUUGGAGUAUUACAGCAACCUGGUCUCUGUUGAGAACUACUGUAUAUUUGAUACUGUCCAUCAACAUAUGAGGACUGAAAAGGAGUCUUGUCAGUGUAAUGAACUCAGUGAAAUGCUUCAUGAACCCUCCAACUGUGCACUUUAUAAUAGAAAUGACACUACAGAAACCUCUAACAACUACAGAUGCUGUAAUGAGAAAGAUGCCUCUGUUGACUCAUCAAACGCAGAUAGGCACAAAAGUAUGCACACUGGAGAAGACCCUUGCCAAUCUAAAGACUGUGAGAAAUCUUUCAAUUUAUGUUCCAACAUUAGCCAAGAUCAAAGACUCUACACAGCAAGGAAAGAACACAAGCAGGAUGAAUAUGAUGACCAUUUCAGCUCUAUAUAUAGUCUCAUGCAAGAAACAGUUGACAUGGAAGAAAAACCAUAUCAAUGUGGGCACUGCAGUAAAUACUUCAGUACCACCUCAAGCCUCAGUAUGCAUCAGAGAAUUCAUAGUGGAGAGCAACCUUACAAGUGCAAUAUUUGUGGCAAAUCCUUUAGUCAGUGGUCAAGCCUUAAAACAGAUCAAGCACUUCAUAUGGCAAAGAAACCAUACAAAUGCAAAGAAGGUGGAAAGUCAUUUGUGCAGUUAUCUGCAUUUAAAAGCCAUCAGAGAAGGCAUAAUGGAGAGAAGCCAUGCAAAUGUAAGGAGUGUGACAGAUCCUUUGCCCACUAUGCAUCAUUAAGAUGGCACCAGAAGAUUCAUUCUCCUGAGGCACGUUAUAAAUGCAAAGAAUGUGGUAAGUCCUUUUUUGAACUAUCACGUCUUAAAAGGCAUUGCAGAAUCCACACUGGUGAAAAGCCUUACAAAUGUGAGAUAUGUGAAAAAUCCUUUACUAUGACCACCACUCUUAAUACACAUCAGAAAAUCCACACUGGUGAAAAGCCUUACAAAUGUGAGAUAUGUGACAAGUCCUUUACUAUGACCACAACUCUUAAAACACAUCAGAAAAUUCACACUGGAGAGAAACCUUACAAAUGUAGGGAAUGUGACAAAUGUUUUACCAAGUGCUCACAUCUUCAAAGACAUCAGAGUGUUCAUAACCAAGAGAGACCUUACAAAUGUAAGGAAUGUGGGAAAUCUUUUACUAAGUGCUCAACUCUUCAAACACAUCAGAAAGUUCAUAAUAUAUAGAAACCUUACACAUGUUUGGAAUGUGACAAAUCCUUUACCUAGGUCUCACAUCUUAGAACACAUCAGCGAGUUCAUACUGGAGAGAGGCCUUAUAGAUGUAAGGAAUGUGACAAAUCUUUUACUAGGUGUUCUCACCUUAGAGAACAUCAGAUAAUACAUACUGGAGAGAAACCUUACAAAUGUUUGGAAUGUGACAAAUCCUUUACCUGGCACCCACAUCUAAGAAAACAUCAGACAGUUCAUACUGGAGAGAAACCUCACAAGUGCAAAGAUUGUGAUAAGUGCUUCCUCUGGAUUUCUAGUCUUCAAAUGCAUAAGAAAAUUCAUAAUGGAGAGAGACCUUAUAAAUGUAAGGAAUGUGGCAAAUCUUUUAUCUGGUACUCAUAUCUAAGAGCCCGUCAGAAAAUUCAUACUGCAGAGAAACCUUACAAAUGUAUGGAAUGUGACAAAUCCUUUACCCAAGCCUCAACUCUUAGAGCACAUCAGAAAAUUCAUACUGGAGAGAAACCUUACAGAUGUAAGGAAUGUGGCAAACCCUUUAAUCAGUACUCAACUCUAAGAGACAAUCAGAAAAUUCAUACUGGAGAGAAACCUUACAAAUACAGAGACUAUGACAUAUCCUGUAUAUGGAUCAAUCUUAGAACACAUCAGAAAAUUCAUACUGGAGAAAAACCUUACAAAUGUAAGGAAUGUAACAAAUCUUUUACUAGGUGCUCAUAUCUUAGAGACCACCAGAAAAUUCAUACUGGAGAGAAACCUCACAAGUGCAAAGACUGCCACGUAUACUUUAUGUGGAUUUCAAGUCUUAGAAGACAUCAGAAAAUUCAUACUGGAGAAAAACAUACCAUUGUAAAUAAUGUGCAGAGCAAGCAGGCCUGCACCACGGGGAAUCAUGUGGUGCAGACCUGGGGUCAGAACACACGGUGGACUUCGGGGAAAGUAAAACUCCGGGCUGCCGUGGGCGCCGCGCAGUGA